GCCAUCUAGAGCGUAUGUUCGUAACGAAGUUUUAAAAUGGUGCAAAAAUGGUAAUAGUUCUUUGUCAUUUUAAGUAUUCAAAAGGAGGAACAUAAGGUUUAAGUGAUUUUAAAGUCGAAACAGUAACAUGAAGUUCAGAUGUUUAUAUUUUUACGUCAAUGAAUAUUAGCAAGGAGCUGCCGUUCAGGCUUGGCGGGUUGCGGAGGGCAGGACUGAAGAUGUGCCGGGGCUCCAAUGGCUCGUGUCCUGCCGUGUUAAAGAGAUGAGCAGCGCUCAGAUCGGCAGCUUCUCCCCUCCACUUGUUACUGGAACUCCCUGCUCCCUGCUGCUACUAGUGGCAAGUGCAGUCAGUGACAGAGAUGCCGCGGUGUAGUUCGGUGCAAGUGUAACAAUGGGCGGCCGCAGUGCCUCGGUGUGUGUGAUGGUGCUGCUGGUGGUGCAGUGUGUGAGGGCUGAAGAUUACUCUGGUCUCAGGGGGGUUGUGCGUCAUGUGGAAGAUGCGAUACGCAAGGAGAUGAUGAUAGAACCUGUGCGCUACAGUGAUCCCAACUUGACGCUCUCGUAUCAGGCCUCACCGCAGUUCAAUGCACGCGGGAUGGCCAACCUGUACAAAGUGACCAACUUCUUCAUGGAUAUCAUUCAGAGGGAGGACCCAUACCCAGAAGGUUUUGUGGUCGUGCGAGAUGAUGGCUCGUUGCAGAUGGCUGGCCUGGAGGCAGAAUGGCAGACAUUGCUGGCACAUUAUGCUGGCGUGGUAGCCGUCGUGGCUGUCGGGCUGCUGUUUGUGGUCCUCAUGCCAUGCAUUGGCUUCAUCUUCUGCUGCUGCAGGUGCUCUGGGCGCUGUGGGGCCAGAUCACAGCCGUUCGAGAAGCGACGGGAUCCCUGCAAGCGAAUCAGCUUUGGUAUCAUGCUUGCAGCCAUCACCAUCAUCAUUCUGUUUGGAGUGGUUUGUGCCUUCGUCACCAAUGAGUACAUGGAAGACGGAACUCAGAAGCUGCCGUCUAGACUGAGGGCGUCUGUCAGUGACACAAAACUGUACCUGUCAAAUACACAAGAGGAAGUUGACACAUUGCUAAUUACAAAUUUUGGGGAACUGAAAACUGUUAUGGACAACGUCUUGCAGAAGUGUGGGGCCAUCGUGCAGCAGGAGCUGGCAGAGGUGUCCAGAGCCGUCAUCCUGUCAAACCUGACGGAGUUGGUGGACGGGCUGGAGAUCAUCAAGAAAGAUCUGCAGGAGAUACACAUCACCACGAAGAGUCUGCAGAACAGCUCCAACAACCUGGCCCACAAUCUGAUGAAAGUGAAGAGAGCACUGGAAGCAGAGCUGCAGAAAUGCAACAGUUCGUGCAAGGAGUCACUGGAGAAAUAUGUUGCCAACAUGUCAACCAACGCUGAUUUCCAGCAUUUCCUAGACAGGUACUUCCCUAAGCUGCCACAAAUUGAAGACAGUCUGUUGAGUGUGACGGAGGUGAUCGUGAAUGGCAAGAUAAAGGAUAAGGUGAACAAUGGACUGCGAGAGUUUGACAAGAUACAGCAGGAUAUUCAGAAUGCCAUCAAGGACUUGAUACCCAAAGUCUCACAAAACAUGAGACUUGCAGGUAUGGCCAUAAGGGAGCGGUCAAAGCAGAUAAACAAGAUCCUGAGGGACAUGAAUGCCGUUGUGAUGAACCACUCUUCCAAGGCAGUGGACACAGGGGAGAAGCUGAUAAUGGAAUACGGACACUACAGGUAUUAUGCAGGCCUGUCGGUGAGUUCUGUGAUGUUGGUGGUACUGCUGUGUGCCACUCUGGGGCUCUUCUAUGGUUUCUGCGGUAGGCGACCAGAUGGCUAUGGUGAUGACUGCUGCAGCAGGGCCACCGGUGCGCGGUUUCUCAUUUUAGGUGUAUGGGUUAUCUUCCUGUUUUCUGCUGUCCUGAUGGUGGUUACACUGGUUCACUUCCUGCUCGGUGUCAUCGCUGAGAGAGCCGUAUGUGAACCCUUGCAGAGUCCCAAUAACAAUCAACUCCUAGCACUUGUCGACAAAAUGGUUAGAUUGGAUAAAUUCUUCAACUCUGAGGUGGAAAUCAACGUUUCGUCCAUCAUCAGGUCGUGCCAUGCAAAUGGAAGCAUAUAUGAGGUGCUGCAGGUGGCAAACCUGGUGAACAUCAGUGAGGUCAGUGACUACAAGAGCACGUAUGGAAUUGAGAAUGUCAUUAACCAGCUGAAAACAAGGAUAGACUUUGGAGGUAAUGUUACCAUCUUGACUGACGAUGCCAAACGGGAGCUGGAGAGUCUUGCCCAGUCGAACAUCACGCGCAUAAACUUCUCGCUGUUUGCUGAAGUGCUCAACAAGUCCAUUGUGAACACUGACCUGGAGACACUGGCCAACCAGCUGAGGAAAACUGCCAGCGAGAUACCCAACACGUCCGAUAUCCGGGAAUCAUUGAAUAAGCAGGCGAAUAUCCUGGAGUCGCUGCAGGAUGACUUGGUACUGCAGAUGGAAAGACAGGUGCGCGCUCUGGGCAAGAAGACGAAAGCUCUUGAGGAGAACCUCAAGUUCAACCAUUCACCACUUAAUGAGAGUAUCAGUCUUAUCCUGAUGGAAGUAACGAAGGCCCAGGACUACCUCAACACGACAGCCUCCAGAGAAAUAAAAAAUUUAGCAGACAUGUUUGCUAAUGCAGUCCUUGACCACGUGGACCUGUACUUGAGUAGGGUGGUGAACAUGACGACUGCGAAAGUGGGGCAAUGCCACCCAAUGAGCCAGGUGUACAAUGCAACAGUUGUCGCCGUCUGCAACCAGAUCCUUGACCCUUUUAAUGGUUUCUGGGCAAGCAUUGGCUGGUGCCUGGUGCUUUUUAUUCCUGCCAUUAUUCUCUCCGUCAAAUUGGCAGCACUGUACCAGAAGUCGGAUCCGUACCCUGGGCCUUUGGUAGAAUCUGAAUACUUGUACGAUGCGUACGGAGAUCGGGAUAACAUCCCAUUAGCCAAUGUGGAGAAGAACUAUCACCGACGUUAUCAUGAGACAUACGAGAACUCGAGCGGCUACUAUGGAGGGGAUUACAGUACUCAUCUGGGACGUGGCAGUGACCGUGGUGGAGGUCGCGACAGGGCCUCGCCAUCAGCUCACAGUGACACUCGAUACACCGACAUGGCUCCCAAGUAUGUACUCCUCAGGCAUUGGGACUACCCGAACGGGGGUCCUCCUCGCUAUCACAGCCCGCCACUGUCCACAGAGUAUGAACGACCCCCACCAUACUACUACCCAGGCCCCGGAUACAGGAGGAUUUACAGGGGCUGGCCGCCAACCCGUACUUGGCUAGUUGCAUCCAUGAACAAGAAGUGAUCUCUGCCCAAAGAGGGACAGCGGCAGGAGGUAGGGCAUCGCCAUGGUGAUGAUCCUUGCGCACUGUGAUUGGAGAAGAAAUAUCCCGCCCUGCAAGCUAGACAUGCAGUCAGCAAAGAUGGCCGUCCAACAGCCCGCCAUCCUAUCAAGACAUAUUUUAUAAGUGAACACAGCUAUUUUUAAAAAUUAUAUCUUGCAUGAGAAAACAAUAGUCCUUGUGCAGUUUAUGAUGCUUUGAUUUAAUUUAUGGUUAGGAGAAAUGUAGAUAAAGCCAAGAGAGAAUGUAUAUUAUUGUCAAAUUUGAAGACUUUUUGGUCUCAGAAUUUGGCAAGAAAAAAUGGAAAAGUUGUAGUUGUGUUUUUAUUUACAUUGAUAUUUAGCCAAAAGAAAUGAUCUUACUAUGAGUCAAUAUUUUACCAAAAAAAAGAAAAAGGUGUCUGAUGUGAAGAGA